GUCGUCCUCGUCGUUAUCGUCAUUGUCGUCGUCGUCGUCGUCAUCGUUGUGGUUGUCGUCAUAUUCUCAUCCUUAUCGACAACGUACGCAGCCUGUGAUACUAUAAUAUACGCAAGUAUCACGAUAUUGCACGUCGUAUACCAUUACUGCUUCAAAAUUAAAAAGAAUAAUCUAUUAACCGUCGUUGUUCUGUCACAUUACACGCCAUUGGCAAAUAUAAAAAAAGAAAAGAAACGGAAAACAUUUAUCAUUUACCACAGUGGUUAAAAUUAGAAGAAUUUACAAUCAAUUCAUAUAUGAGCCAAUACGCCACAAGCACGUUCCUCCGUGCAGUAUUUGCGCAAGGGUGAUAUGUUAUUGGAGAUGGAGCAGCAUUCGGGUCUGAUAUCCCUGAAUAUGUCGCCGUUCCAUUUAAGCCCUCAGGGUAGUCCCCAAGGUGCGGCCAGUGCUGGUCAGCAACAGCAACAAGCGCAACAACAACAACAACAACCACAAUACGGUUCUUCACCGUAUGGGAAUUGCGCUCAAAGUCCUCCUACAACAAUGUGUCAUCAAUCACAGUCACAACAACAACCGCAACAACAGCAACAGUUGCCGGUACAUAAUCAGGCGCAUUCGCAGGGUAUUUCGAAUUUCGACGCCGCGUUUUUCGACUCCACCGCCCUUGAAGAACGGUGUCCCAUGUGCGGGGACAAAAUGUCUGGUUAUCAGUAUGGUCUGCUUACAUGUGAAUCCUGUAAAGGUUUUUUCAAACGGAAUAAUUCACCGUGUAGCAGUAAAAAAGUAUAUACAUGCCUAUUUUCGCCAACGGGAGGUGGGGGAGGUGGGGGCAGCGGCGGUGGUGGUGGCGGAGGUGGCGGUGGUGGAAAUGGUAACAACGGUAACAACGGUGGAACCGGUAGCUGUGGCGGCGGCGCAUCAUCGGCACUCGAGAUCGGAUCUUGCGGCAACAAGAAGGUGUACACGGGUCUGUUCUCGCCAACAGGAGCCGGAAGCGGCACUGGUGGCAGUGGAGGCAGCAAUGGCGCGGCAAACGGUGCUGGAGGUGGUGGUUGCGGCACAUCGACAGCCCUCGAGAGUAGCGGCAGCAAUUAUACCGGUGGCGGUGGUGCCGGUACCGGUGGUGGAGGAGGAACGGGUGGCGGCGGUGGUGCGGGUGCCGCUGGCGGUCGUGGGCCCACCGCAGGGAAUGCCUCUGCUGGUGGUAGCGGUAGCGGUAGUGGUGCGGCCAGCGGUGCAAGUGGCGGCGGAUCCGCUACGGUAAGCGGCAAUGUCGCGAUACCAACUACCACCUACUCAUUACCAACUGGUACCCUCUGUCAUCCCGGAUUGGGUCAGGUCGGGGUUGGUGUCGUGACCGGCUCGAUACCGUGUCCGUCCGAAUUCCCCGAUACCAAGGACAUCAUCAUAGAAGAACUCUGUCCGGUCUGCGGCGACAAAGUUUCCGGAUACCAUUACGGGCUACUCACUUGUGAAUCCUGCAAAGGUUUCUUCAAACGCACCGUCCAAAACAAAAAGGUCUACACGUGCGUCGCCGAGAGGUCCUGUCACAUUGACAAAACGCAAAGAAAGCGGUGUCCCUACUGCCGUUUUCAGAAGUGCCUCGAAGUCGGCAUGAAGCUUGAGGCCGUACGAGCGGAUCGGAUGAGAGGCGGUAGGAAUAAAUUUGGACCUAUGUACAAGAGAGACCGAGCGCGGAAGCUACAAAUGAUGAGACAACGGCAGCUGGCACUGCAAACGAUACGCGGCAGCCUCGGUGACCCAUCGAACUAUCCCUCCGCCGUAACGCCUUUCCUGCAUAUUAAACAGGAAAUACAAAUACCUCAGCUCUGGGCUGCCAAUUCCACCACCCCGAGUCCGAAGGCCUUCAACUUCGGCGAACAGUCCACACAAUCUCAUGGAGCCACUGGUUCCGCACCCUCUACCGCCACGUUGAAAACUAGUCCGAUGAUAAGAGACUUUGUGCAAACAGUCGACGAUCGCGAGUGGCAGGCAUCGCUUUUUGGAUUAUUACAAAAUCAAACGUACAAUCAGUGUGAAGUGGACUUGUUCGAAUUAAUGUGCAAAGUGCUCGAUCAAAAUUUGUUCUCUCAGGUGGAUUGGGCAAGGAAUUCUGUAUUCUUCAAGGAUCUCAAGGUUGAUGACCAAAUGAAGUUGCUACAGCACUCCUGGUCAGAUAUGUUGGUGCUCGAUCAUCUUCAUCAAAGGUUACACAAUAAUCUACCUGAUGAGACUACGCUUCAUAAUGGUCAAAAGUUUGAUCUCCUUUGUCUCGGCCUACUCGGGGUUCCUUCUUUGGCAGAUCUUUUCAAUGAUUUAUCGUCCAAACUUCAGGAACUCAAAUUCGAUCUUUCGGACUAUAUAUGCAUGAAAUUCUUGAUGCUGCUCAAUCAUGAAGUUCGUGGAUUAGUUAACAAGAAACAUGUACAAGAAGGUCACGAACAAGUUCAACAAGCUCUUUUGGAUUAUACAUUGACGUGUUAUCCUUCUAUACCGGAUAAAUUUAACAAGCUGCUAGCAGUAUUACCAGGAAUCCACGUGGUAGCGAGCAGGGGAGAAGAUCAUCUUUAUCAAAAACAUUGUAGCGGUGGAGCACCAACUCAAACUCUUCUUAUGGAAAUGCUUCAUGCUAAAAGAAAAUGAAACGAUAAAUUCAUUUGGCAUUUUUGCCAUGAAUUAGUCUAUUGCUAUAUCUCAAAAAUCAAGAUAGAGCUCCUUAUUGUCAAUGUGGACCUCAAGUACCUAUUAAGAGCUAAUAUACUAAUGCUUAGGUGUUGGACCAAGUUAAGGAGCUCUGGUUCAAAAAAUACCUAUGCAAACGAAUCAAGUAUAGACGUACAUAAUUUACAUAUAUACAUAAUAUAUGUAUUAUAAAAUGUAUCUAAAUAUAUAAACAUAAUGACAUAUAUUUUCUAUAUUUGAUGUUGAAGUUUUAGAGAUGUAUCCAUGAAGAAUUAUUACCCCUGUUGGUGGGUACAAGCGCAGGGAAACAGUAAGCAAGAUGCCUUGAAAACAGUACAAAGGGUGGUUAACAAAAUAUUGGUUAAAGGGCAGGCAAUUUUUGUCUAAAUAAGUAAAGCUAUUUUUCUAAUACUAGAUGCGAUUAUUUUUAAGCACAUACCACUGAAGCCUUGCUCUCAUUUUAACAAAAAGAUAAUCCUAAUGGUAACGAACGAAAAAAAUUGUCGACUCUCCAGUCAAUCGUGCUUCUGCAAGGGAUUCAAUGGGCAUACUUGAAUGACAGUAAAAUUUCAUGUGAUAUACUUAUAUAUAACAUAUAUACAUAUAUAUAUGUCGCACGGCCACCUGGGCAUCCUUAGAACUUCCUAUAAAAAAA